CAAUUUUUUUUUUACAGUAAACUAUUGCAAAUGGUUUUAGAUAAUUAACAGGCGAGUCAUAUAACAGAUAUUCUAAAAAAAAAAUAUUUCAUCAAUCGAAUAAAAAAACAAACACACCAAUACACAUCCGUCCAAUGGUCUGGCAUAUUGUUUUAAAUUUUUUUUUCAAAUACCGUGUUCCAUUUCUACAUCGCCCACUGCGUCGGCCACCGCGACCAGUUGAGUUGUUGCAGCUGCCCUGUAAACACGUUAUUUUUAGUUUAAUAUAUAUUUUCAACAUUCUUAAUUUUACAUACUUAUCAAUUUGUUCAAUAAGUUUGCUCACAUCAGUCAAAUGAUCCCUUAUUUCCUUUUUCUCUUUGUUUUCCCCUUUGCUUUGGUCGGCGGCGUCGUCGUCGCCGUCGUUGUCGUCAACACUUUUCCACAUCCUGUAAUACAAUUAAUUAUUUUAAAUAAUUUCAUCGAAACAUCAGCAGCAGCAGCUAAAAGAGAGAGACAUUACCUGGCAUAAUCGUCGUCGACUACGUCGUCAAACAGUCGUUGAAAGUCCCAGCUAUGGAUUGGCGUGUCCAUUGCUUUUGCUUCUAAGCUUUGCGGUGUCGAUUCUUCCACGGAUAGAGACCGGAGGAUCAUCCUCGAGGAUCACUGAUAAGAGAGGAUCAUCCUUACCCAACUAUACACUACUUAAUAUGUAAGUAUAUAAUCAACAAUAAACAAAUUAGAUGUUUUUUGGUGCACUCUUCAAGUUGACGGCUGAAAAAACCAUAUUAUCAUUAGAUAUGGGCUUGGAACUGAUCCUUUACGCAGUUGUUGGAUUUAUUCAAACUCUGAUAAUAACGUCAUUUUUUUUUAACAAAAGGGCUAUUGCAUUAACGUUUCGUUCAAUGCAAACCACAUUUGUUGACUGGUCCUUAAAAAGAAGAGUUCACCCUGAUAACUGUUAUGACAAAAGCGAAACAUUUUUAUUUUACACAAUGAUAGGCACUACAAUUUGUAUAAUAUGCAUUAUGCUUGGACCUGUGUUAUCAGCAAUAUACGAUAUCGGUAACGUUCCACUGGAUCAUAGAUCUCAUUGGAUCCUUCACUGGCCGACCGUAAUAAAUAUCGAUACGUUUUGGAGGUAUGGGCUUAUUAUUACACUGCAGAUGACCGCUACUACUUACUUACUUCUGUCUGUUGCGUUGUAUAGUAUGUAUACGAUUGCUUUUUUAACGGAAUUAAAAGAACAAUUUAAAUUACUAACAAAUGGAAUAAGAGAAGCGUUUCAUUAUAGAAUGGAUCAACAUUUUCAGGUUUACUUCGUCGAUUCUGUUCGCCACCAUCAGACACUUAUGAACACAUUAAACGAAUUUAAGAAGUAUAACAAAUGGAUACUUUUUGGUGAAAUAGCUACGGUGGAAAUGGUAUUUUUACUGGCUACAUAUUGCCUUAUAAAAGUAGAUGCUUCUUUUGGAUAUAAAUUGAAAUUCAUUGGAAUCUUAGUAUUUUGGAUUGCGAUGUUGUGGUCUCAAUGUACCUUAGGGGAUGAUAUAAUAUAUUUGCAUAAAAGUCUGUCUACGGAGUUGUAUUGCAUGACUUGGUACAAUAUGCCUAACCAUUACAAGAAAAAUAUAAUUGUCAUGUUUCAACGUACACAGCGAGAUUUAUACUUAAAUUCUGCUAUUUUUCAAAAUAGAAUAGCUUACGAACGGCAGUAG